AUGUUAGCUGCCUUGAGUCCAGUGUUUAAAGCGAUGUUUUUCGGACCAAACAAAGAAAAGGGUGAUGUAAAAAUAGCCGAUGCUAAUGGCCAAACUUUCAAAGAGUUUUUACAAUUUUUUUACUUGAACAAUGUGAAAAUCAGCAUGGAAUGUAUCGAAGAUGUGAUUCGUUUGGCAGACAAAUACCUUAUAAUAGAUUGUGUUAAGGAAUGUGCAUCGAAACUUGUGAAUAAUCUUUCAUUGGAUGAUAUUUGCUUUGGCUAUCAAUUGGCCAUCAUUCUUGGUGCUCCUGAAUUAAGAAAAUAUUGUGAAAAAAUGAUCAGCGCAUUUCCACUGGACAUAUUCAAAUCAAAUACAUUUCUCCAAUGCAAUCAAAUCAUUUUGCAACAUAUUUUGGAAAUCGAUACACUGCAAUGCAAAGAAUCAGAUGUAUUUGAUGCUUGCUUGUUAUGGGCCAAACAAUAUUGUAAACAAAAUGGAAUUGAUGAGAACAAACCGGAAAAUUUGAAAGCAGCAUUGAAAGAAUCGUUUGAAUUGAUUAGAUUUGGAGCAAUGAAAGUGGAUGACUUCACUGUACACGCUAGAAUGUAUUCGGGAAUGUUUACAAAUGAUGAAUUGGCUGAUCUUUUGUUUACAACUACUAUUUCCGAUUAUAUAUCGAAUAAAUUUGCAAAAGAACCGAGAAAAGCACCCGCUUUUCAAUGGAACAACGAACAAAUGCUGAUUUGUAAUUUUGAUAAUACCAUGAGUUCGCUGAAUUGUUGGGUCAAAGAUUAUAGGUAUCCACAUUUUUCAACAAACUGUGCCGUUUUGUUGGGCGAAAUCUAUUUUCAUCGAUUACAAAAACACGAUUGUGGCUCAAGUAAACCAUCUCAAUUGACAUUGAACGUAAAAAUUAUCGAAUUUAGUGAUCAUUCAUUUGAGUCGUGCGUUCUUAAAAGAGUCCUCUUCAACGGUCAAGUAUCUUAUGCAUCUGCAAAUGAGUCAAAAAUAAAAUUGUCACGACCAAUAUUGAUUAAUCCACGGAAAAUGUACCAAAUUACGUGGGAAGGAUCCUCGGAUAAUUAUUACUAUUAUGAAACAGACUAUUCUGAUGUGAAUGUUAACAAUUACCUUACAGUCAAAUUACAUUCCGAAUAUAAUCAUAAUCGUCAUUAUCAAAGAGUUGGACUAAUUUCUCGUUUAUGUUUCAAUCGACUGUAA